GGCUGGCCAACUACGUGCAAGAUCCCGGCGGCAGCUCCCCAGAGACACCGCGCCUCCACACCCCAGCAAGUCACUCAUAGCCUUUGAAGAUCCUUGUUAGAACACCACUGAGCUAAUAAAGACGCCUCCAGGAAGACGGUUUGGAGAUAAUACGGACGUCCCAGGAUCUCAUCAGACGCUAUUGUAAGACACCCAGAAGCCCAGUAGGACGCCACACGGCCUCUGAGAACUUCUUACGACUCAGCACCUCAGGAUAAGUGAGAACAUCCCCGACGGACACCAGGAUGAGGCAGACGGUGGUGAUGGUGGCAGCGAUGUGGGUGGUCAUGGUGGCAGCCACUGUACCCAGACCCAUCACUGAGUGUCAGAGAGGAAAACAGGUGAUCGCGGACAACGACUCCUGCACCCGCUUCCACAUCUGCAGGAAGGUGUCCGAGGUGGAGUUUACUACUGACAUAGCCGUCUGCCGCACCGGGAUGAUCUUCGAUAUGAUCACCCUCAAGUGUAUCAGGCAAAACGAAGGUUACGUUCAGGACCCCACCAGCUGUGUCAACUUCUAUGGAUGUCACCGUCCUCAGCAGGGUGGUGACGGCUUGGUGAGGCGUCGGUUUAUGUGUACUGGUGAUCUACGCUUCCACCCUACCCUGAGGUACUGCACCUACAAGACGGAAGUCCCGGACAAGCUGUGUAACAACAGCGUCUCCAACCAACAGAUCAUUGGACACGACCACACCCGGACCACCACCACCAAGUCCACUCCUACUACCACCACCACCACAACUACCACCACUACCAGACCUACCACCACUGCUACUACUCCUUCUACCACCACAGCCGCCGCCCCUGUUGCUGGUGGUGGUAGGGAUGAUAUUCCUAACCUCGUCCGGGAUUCGAACACAAGACCUGUCUCUGACUUGACUGAUAUUGAAAGAAUCACUCAGGUCAUUAAAGGUCAAUUAUUGAAUAGGAAUAAGUCUAACAACAGAGGCACAUCCCGAGACUGAAGAAUAACUACUACCCCUGACGCUACUACCCCUACCACUACUACCACAACCCCUACCACUAGUACUACCACUACUAUUACCCUCACCACCACUACCCACUAAUAUCCAUUACUACCAUUGGACCACGACCAGAACAACACUAACCACCACCACCAUUGUUACCACACGAUUUCUUCAUCAGUAUCACCAUAACCUAACCAUCACCACAACCACCAAUACAACUACCACCAUAACCACCACUUUUACCAUUAUCCCUCUUACACACACACACACACACACGCACACACACACACGCAAGGUGGAGGUGGUAGCUGUGGUGCCGCAUACUCACAUCUACCACAAAAUAUUUCCCCUGCCGAGAGAGAGAGAGAGAGAGAGAGAGAGAGAGAGAGAGAGAGAGAGAGA